AUGCGAGCUCUCCCCCAAUUCAUCACCAUCUCCCUCCUCCUAUUCGUCAUCCUGGCGCCGUCGCACACUUUCGCGAGUAGCGAAGCGGCUCCGCUAGAUAUUGCAGAUCCUUUCGAGACUAUAGACAGUGGCAUUGACGCUGAGUCUUUCGGACCGCACAUUGACUUCUCUUCUUCCGAAUCAGCCGGCGCCGGCGCCGGCGGCGGUGGAGUCGGCGCCUUACCUGGCGGCCCGCCAAGCGUUCCUCGUGUGGCGCAGCUGCGUGGGGCGAGCGACGACGCUGCGACGCAGGCGAGCAGCGCCGUCGCCACAGGCAACAACCCGCACGUCGCACGACUGUAUCUCCUGUCGAGGAAGAACUCUCGCGCGCGGUGCUUGGACGGUAGUCCUGCUGGAUACUACCUGCGACGCGGGUUUGGCAGCGGCGCCAACAAAUGGAUUAUGAUCCUCGAGGCUGGCGGGUGGUGUUUCAACGCCAAAUCGUGCGCGAAUCGAGCCAAGGGGCCCCUCGGAAGCUCCAAGAAAUGGCCGCCGACCAGCGACGUGAAAUAUGGCGGCGUGGGCAGCACGGACAGCGCCGUGAAUCCCGCGUUCUACAACUGGAACCUGGUGCUCGUCAAGUACUGCGACGGCAGCUCCUUCACCGGCGGCUACGGCAAGCUGCCGCCAAACUCGGAGACGGGGCGCACGCUCUACUUCCGCGGGCACUGGAACCUGCAGGGCACGCUGCAAGAUCUGCUGGCUCGGCAAGGGCUGAACGCGGGCAAGCAGAUGCUGGUGGGCGGCUGCAGUGCGGGCGGCGUUGCCACGUCAAUCAAAUGCGAUCAGAUCUCGAGGUGGCUGGCCAACUACAACAUCACCACCAAGUGCUUCAUGGACGGAGGCUACUUCCCAGAUGUGGCGGAUAAGGAAGGGCAGUACAGCAUGCGGCAGAAGGUGCAGCAGAUGGCGGGCGUGCAUGACAUGGGACGCAUAGGGAUCAACGCCGAGUGCAAGCGAGCCAUGAAGAAGACAAACGAAACAUGGAAGUGUUUCUUUCCCGAGUACAAUCUGCAGUUCUCACGCUCUCCAAUGCUCAUUGUCAACUCCUUGUCCGAUUACAAAGCCAUCAGUAUGACCCUCGCACCCAGGCCCAAAGGUACCCAGGACCCGCUGCUUCGGUGCCUGCGCUCCAGCUACCGAAGCUGCACUCCAGGCCAGCUGAAGCUGCUCCAGUCCUUCUCUGCCAAAUGCUCGCAAAGCGGCAGCAGAGGACAAGCUCGACGUAAUUUCGCUUCGCUACAAAUCAGCUCUGUUCUUGAGGUCCCGAGUAGUCUUGAAGGUUCCUUUCCACCUGUGGUGUUCCCGACACCUGAUGAAGGCGACUCAACCACGACGAGGUGGAAGGUCCUUCCUGACAUUUGGCCAACUCUCUCGGAGCAGUACGCCGACAAGAUCGCUGUUUUCGAUCCGCAUCACGGACAAAAGCGAGGCUUGACGUUCUCGGAGCUCGAGAGCGCAAUUCAUGAUUUCGGCGAAGGUCUGCGUGUAUAUGGGCUGAAGCAAGGAGAGUGCGCCGCGCUUUUUGCUGAGAACUCGCACCGAUGGCUUAUUGCUGAUCAAGGCGUGAUGGAUAUUGGUGCUCGUGACGCUGUUCGAGGAGCGAAGUCAUCAGGAACGGAAUUAUUUCACAUUCUGGAAAACUCGGACAGUACCGCUGUCAUCGUGGACAACGUAGAGGUUCUUGUGCACAUUGCCCCUUUCCUCGAAGCUUCUUCAGUGAAGGACAUUGUCAAGUUUGCCGUUGUCCUUUGGCCUCCAGUGAGUAAAGGCCAGGAAACGAACACUGACUGGAAGACCAGCAGCACGUGCUCCAAAUGGUUUUCUCUGUACUCGUUUGAAGAAGUUUCGGCUGCUGGGAGUGCCAGCAGGCUCACGCAUGAUGCUCUGUCGCGCUCAGCGCCUCGUCCAGCCUCCAGGCCUGAUGACGUGGCAACAUUGGUGUACACUUCUGGAACGACCGGGAAUCCCAAAGGAGUGAUGCUCACACACAGCAACCUGAUGCAUCAGGUCAACAACUUUGAUUGUGUCCUGACGCCCGAUGCUGGUGAUGUCACGUUGAGCCUGCUACCCCCAUGGCACAUGUAUGAACGCUCAUGCGAGUACUUUCUACUGAGCCGUGGCGUCCAGCUCGUCUACAGCAAUGUCAAGUCGUUCAAGGAAGACUUGAUAAAAUACCCUCCGGACUACUUUGUGGCUGUUCCACUUGUCUUUGAGGUUCUAUACAGUGGAGUCCAGAAGAAGCUUGCUGCAGCAUCUGGUGCCAGAGCAGCAAUUGCCAAGUUCUUGAUCAAAGUCAGCGCUCUUCACAAGGAAGCUCUGCGCAUCUGGACUGGAAUGGCUGUCCUCCGCUCACGUGAAAAUGUUCAGGGGUUGAUGUUCAUGAAGGCUGUGGCUGAAUGUCUGGGAGCUGGGCUGUUGGCGCUGGUGCUGCUGCCACUCCACCUUCUAGCGGAGAAGCUUUUGUACACUAAGGUCAAAGCUGCAAUUGGCAUAAAGAAGGCAGCUGUGAGUGGGGGCGGCAGCUUGCCAUCGCAUGUGGACAAAUUCUUUGAGCAAGUUGGGAUCACUCUGCUCAAUGGAUAUGGCCUCACAGAGACUUCUCCUGUGCUGACAGUCCGGCGAAGUUACAACAACGCAUUGGGAAGCAUUGGGAGUCCCGUCCCUGGAACAGAAAUAAAGAUUGUGGACCUGGAGACGGGAGUUGGUCUCCCUGCAGGCCAACGAGGGCUGGUCAAGGCACGUGGCCCCCAAGUGAUGAAGGGCUACUACAAGAACCAGGCGGCCACAGCAAUGGCAAUUGACAAGGAUGGCUGGUUCUCCACUGGCGACCUUGGAUGGAUCUCUCCUUUGACUCCAGUUGGCGCUGCACGGAAUGCGGGAGGGCUUCUGGUCCUUGACGGCCGAGCCAAGGACACCAUUGUUCUCGCCAGUGGUGAAAAUGUGGAGCCUGCCUUUGUUGAGGAGGUUGCACUUAGCAGCCCUGUGAUCCGCCAAAUAAUGCUCGUUGGCCAGGACCAGAGAAAGCUUGGAGCGCUGAUUGUUGUGAAUGAGGAGGAGAUGGAGGCUGCAGUGGCAAGCAUGAGAGCGGAGAAGGGGAUGGAGGGAAACGAGGUGACAGAGAAGGAACAGAGGACUGUCGUGAGACAAGAACUCAACCGCUGCUUUACUGAGGCAGGUUGUUUGCCGCAUGAGCGGGUCGGUCCAUUUGCAAUCCUCGAUGAACCAUUCACAGUGGACAAUGGUCUUCUCACCGCAACCAUGAAGAUGCGACGUGAUGUGAUCUAUGACAGGUACAAGGAGCUUUGUGAUAAGCUUUUCCAACACUAG